AUGUCCGUCCUAAGCGUCCACGCCUCCGCAACGCACUCCUUCUCCAAGCCCCGCGUACCCAGCAUCACCCUCCUGCCCGGCCUGGGCGUGCGCGGCGACGCCCACGCCGGCGCCACCGUCCAGCACCGCUCGCGUCUGCAUAUCUCGCCGCCGCCGCCGAAUCUGCGCCAGGUGCAUCUGAUGCAUGUUGAGAUCCUGGAUGCUGCUGGCGAUGAUGGUGGUGAUGGUGGUGAUGGUGGGAGUGGCGGUGGCAAGCUGCGGCCCGGUGACUUGGGGGAGAACAUCACCACGCGCGGGAUUGAUUUGUUGAGUCUCGGGAAGGGGACGAGGUUGCGGUUUGUCGGCGGCGGGGAGGAGGAGGAGGGGGGGGACGGGGACGGCGCGGAGGUGGUGGUCACGGGGUUGCGGAACCCGUGUCCGCAGAUUAAUCGCUUUCGGAGCGGGUUGGUGGAGAAGUUCGUUGUGCGCGGGCCGGAUGGGCGGAUUGUCGCGCGCAAGGCCGGGGUGAUGGGCAUUGUGGAGAGGGGCGGGGUUGUGAGGCCUGGUAUGCGGAUUUUGGUGGAGAGGCCGCCCGUGUAUGAGGCGUUGGAGUGUGUUUAG